UCGAAUUUGAAAUCCCUAACAGUCGAGUAAGAAAUUCAAAUCGAAGAAUCAUGGCGGCAACAAGCGACGAGCAGAUGCGUUUGCUUCUCUCCAGCUUCGAUCAGAUCUACGAGGAUUUCGAAAGCGGGAUGAAUGAGAUGAGCGUAUUCAGAUCGAGGAGCAAUGUGGAAACCAGCAGAAGAGAGGCGCUUGAGAUUAGUAGCAAGACUCUAAAAGAAGAGAACGAAAGGUUGAAGAAGCUGUAUACAGAAUCUCUAAACAACUUCGUCGAUCAGCUUGAGCAUCGAACUAAGUGCCACGGCUUGAAAGAAGAACUGAAGAGAGUGAAUGACGAAAACAGAAGCAAAGAGCAUGAACAUAGGAAUGCUUUGGAGUCCCUUAUGCAGAAGCAUGUAGCAAAGGUUGAAGAGCUAGAAAACAAAAUUAGAAGCCUUUUGGUUGAAAAGGCAACAAACGAGAUGGUGAUUGAUAGGCUGCGCCAGGACUUGGCAGCUAACAAAUCGCAUAUUCAAGCAAUGUCGAGGAAGCUGGAUCGAGUCUAUUCCGAAGUGGAAUCCAAGUAUGAAGUCGAGGUUCAGGAUCUAAAGGACUGUCUUCUCAUGGAGCAAGAAGAGAAAAUUGAUAUUACUAACAGACUUCAGAGUCUGCAGAAGGAACUUAUUAUAAGUAGAACUACAGUUGCCGAAAAGCAGAGGGAUACAACUUCAUAUCGACAGGUGGAGACAUUGAAGCAGAAGCUAAUGAAACUGAGAAAAGAGAAUGAGAUUCUUAAACGGAAACUAUCUUCUUCAUAGAACAGCCAGGAACAAAAACUUUGCUUGGCAAAUCACUUACUGCUCGGUCCCUCAACGAGUAAAUUCCACAAAACCAAACCAUUUUUAAAA